AUGUCUGGUGAAGGUGACGCUGGAGGUCAGCCUUCCACAACAACAAUCAGCACAGUGGCUGUACAAGCUGGGAGCUCCCAGGUCAUUAUAGCAGUCCUCAAGUGUGGAGAGCUAAUACAGCUGCAGCUGGCUGAGGCGAAACCCUGCUUGCUAGAGAUUGGGAAGAAUCAGGAUGAAACCAAGACACUUCUAGAGGAACACGAACAGCUCCUGACCAAACUGAAGAAACAUGAAAAAGCGGUUUACGCCCUCUUGGAGGAGGCAGAUAAGACAGCAGAGGAGAAGGUGGGGGAGAAGCAGGUGUACGAGGCCAUGGCUGUCUCUCUCGGCUGUGCCUGGACCACCCUGGUGACACAUCUGGAAAAGCGUCGGGCCCUGCUGCUCCUGGCGUCCACGUUCUUUGACAGAGCGUUGGAGUUUGCCAUUAAGAUAGAUGAAGCAGAGGACUUCCAGCGUGUUGGGUUGGAGCUUCUAAACCAGGACUGCCUGAAUGAGGUGCUCCAAAGGCACAGCAGUUUGAAGAGAGGCCUCCUGGAGAAGUCAAUGCUGGUAUUAAACAAAAGUCAUGAGCUCCUGGACUUCUUGAGGGACUUCCAGUCUGAAGAGGCUCUGCUGAACAGCGGGGCAUUCAAAAGAGCACACAGCAGCUGCAGUCAGGUGGAAUGUCUGAUGGAGAUUCUACAGGACAGACGCAGGAAAGUGGACCAGGGCAUGAGGCAAAAAUGCCACAAUCUGGAAGUGGCCCAGAGGGUCUGCCAGUGGGAACGCCAAGAAAAGGAAGUAACACACUGGUUGAAGGAGCAUGCUGAUUCACUCUUAGAAAACAGUAAAAUGGGUUCGUCUCUGUCAGAAAAUGAAGAGUUACUGAAGGAACACAGGGAGUUUGAAUUAAAAUCCAAGGACUGGAGCUCUUUGGCUGAGAGACUACUCACACGGGCGUCUGAGCUACUCGCCGCCGAUGGUUGCACAGGGUUGGAGCUUAUCUCUGAGAAGAGCCAGAAACUCAAGGCUUUGCAUGAACAGUUUCGGAGCCUCAUGACGGAUCGUCUGGCUCACCUUCAGGAAAUCAAUGGCUUCUUCCACAGUGCUAAUGAUGCAUUUGAAGUGCUUGGUAAUAUUGAGAGCUGUUUGAAGGGAUUAAGGACUCAGGCCCUCAGAUUACCAGAGCUGGCUAAAAAACACGAAGAGUUUCACCGCAGUGCGAAAGACACAGCAGCUGAGCCUCUGCAAAUAGGUCAGCUCAUACUUCAGAGAAAAGAUUUGAAAAGUGCUCAGGUUGGUGGUGUGCAAAGGAUGCUGGGAUAUAUCAAAGAGAGGGUUGACGCCCUGAGUCAGGAAUGCCACGCUCAUCGGGACUUAACAGCCAGGAAGCAGCAGCUCACAGCGUCUCUCGAGACCCUCAUGGACACGAUCUCCACGUGGCUUAAGAGCAGUCAUUGUGUCCUCUCAAGCAAAACAGAGCCUGGCUCCUCACUCAGUGAGGCUGAAGACAUGCUGGACAAACACCUGGGGAUCAUCCCUCAGACACAGGAUAUUUUGAGAAAGUCAGAGAACAUUGGAGAGCUGAUAAAGGAGCUCAGAGCUCUGGAGUCUCCUGAGGCCACAGAGUUCUCCAACAAAGCUUCUCUGCUGGCAGAGGAACUAAACACUCUGAUCAGAAACAUCUCAGCGCGCGUUGACAGUCUGAAGCCUUAUGUGGCAUUUCUACGCUGUGCUGAGGAGGUGGAAAAACAAAUGAAGUCUUUGCAGGAGUGUUACGUGAACAGACCACAGGAGGAAGAGGAAGAGGAGAAUGAGGAAGGUAGUACAGUAGUGAGGGAAACUGUUGACACUAAGUGGCAAUCAUUGUUAGAGCGGUUCCUCACAAUGCAGGAUUUGGGCAACAACUUCGUCAACUCUUCAAACAUGAUCAGUGAGAAAAUUAAUCUAAAUGUGAAGGCUGCCGUGUAUGUAGUUGAGAACACUAUGGAAAGUUUGAAUAGGAAGAAAACCGGCCUUUCGGACAUGUGGACCUCAUGGCAACUUCAGGUCAAUCAGUUAAAGUCUGUGAAGAAACAGUGGAAAAAAUUCAAAGACAAACUUAAAAAGCUUGCUCAUGACCUGAGGGCUGUGGAAGAACUGCUGACACCAGCAGGCACAGUUGACUUGGGCAGUGAUCCUCUGUCUGUGUCCAGGCUGCAGGAGAACCUAAACGCCGUAAAGCCCCAGUUUCUGCAACUAAAUGCAGAGAUAGAAAUGCUAGUGAAGACGUCCGAGUUGUUGGCAUUGAAAGGUGUACCUGUAAAAGAGAAGAAUGAGAAAAUCUCUGAGUUUCUCCAGCUGCAUCAGCAAGUGAAAGAUAAAAUCAAAGAAUAUGAGUCCAUUCUCAGCAUGGCUAUGAAAUUCCAUCAGAUAUAUGAAGAGCUUGAGGAGCUGCUGAAUGCCAAGCCAGUGUCUGUGUUCAGUGAUACCACCCAGGCCAAGAUGCAGCUGUCUCAGCAUCAGGAGAAACAGAGCCAUGUGCGCCACCUGUAUAAGAUGGCAAUCUCACUGGGUGCAGAUAUCUACAGCACACUCCAGCAGUCGGUAAGGACUGUGCACUUACUGCAGGACAAACUGGAGAGGCUGGAGAGCGGUAGUGUGGCCUGGACUGCUGAGGCCAACAAGUGUGAGGAGAACCUCCUGAGUAACGUGCACUGCUGUGUCUUUAAGGAGGAGAUCAAUGAGCUUAGAGAGUCCUUUAAAGACCUAAGGAAGAAAUUCAACAACUUAAAAUUCAACUACAUGAAGAAAAAUGAGAGGAUGAGAAAUCUGAAGGCUGUAAAGAACCAGAUCCAGCAAAUUGAGAUAUACAUUGAAAAGCUUCAGGUUCUGAAGAAAAAGUUGCAGACCUUUACACUGAAGGUAGCCUCCAGCACUGAGAAACAUCUGAUUAACAGCAGUCCUAGGGAAAUUGAGGAUGCGCUGAAUGAGCUCCAGAGACAGGUGGGAGAUUUUAACAGGGCAGUGGAGGAAUACAAGCAGAACCUGGACAUGACAGUGAAGCUGCAACAAGCGAUGGAGGAGUAUCUGUUCUGGUGUGACGAGGCCAAUGCUACGAUUGUGAGAGUGGGGAAAUACUCCUCUCAGUGUAAGACGAAGGAAGCUGUGAGCACACUGUAUAAGCAGUUUGAAAAGUUUGUCUGGCCCACUAUUCCACAACAGGAGGAGAGAAUUAACCAGAUCACUGAACUGGCAGUGAAGUUGCAUGGUGAUGAAGAGGGAAAGAAGUAUGUGGAGAAAACGGUCAGUAAGCACAACGAAAUUGUGGAAUCAGUGAAGGAACUCUGUAAUGGACUUUUAGAACUUGAAGCUAAACUCCAGGUGAGAAAGAACAGAUCAAAGGAAUCAUCUGAGGGAAAAAAGACACUAGAUACCACAGAUAAUUCAGAGCCAAAAGAAAGCGGACACACACCUGAGAUGGCUGGGCCAGGGAAUGGGACGGAAGUGCCUGUAGGCAAGAGGCAGGAGAGCAAGAAGCCUCACCUACGCAAAACCAGGAGCCAAGAUCUUCCAGACAAGCAUCACCCGGAGAAUCGUAAGGUGUUAUCAGAGACAAGGUCCUACAUUCAGGAGGCCUACUCAAAAACCAUUACUGAAAAGUCAACAGUACAGAUGAAAGAGCAGCUGCAUACAUCCUUCUGCCACACACAGACAUUCAAUGUGUCAUGCUACCCUUUGGAGAAAGACAGGAAGAUUCAUGUCUUACACCAGACUAAGAGGGAGUCUUAUGACACCCCUCCCCCGCCCUGUCACUCAGCCCCCAGCUUCUCAGACAUCCAAAGAGCCUUUCAAAAGAAAGAGAAACCAGACUCUGCCCAGAGAACCACUCACGACAAGUUCCCGGGCUCCAGUGGAUCCAAUGUUCCAUGCACAGAUUCAAAGGGUGAGGCCUCUCACCCAGGAGAAGAGGAGUUUUCCUCACAGGGUGCACAAGAUCCAGCCACAUCUGCAGGUGGUCAGACAGAAGGAGACUAUCAGCAGGAUCACCUCACUGAGGGGUCAACGUCCAACGACGAAUAUGAAUGCACCUCUCCAGAUGAUAUUUCUUUACCUCCUUUAUCAGAGACUCCAGAAUCAAACAUUGUUCAGUCAGAGAAUGACCUGGAAGAUGGUUACUGCAUUAGCUCCCACAGUCUCCAUGUCAACCAGUACAGCCACCAGUCUCAUUCCCAGUACAGUGACACCAUCCACCAAAGGCCAGAAUGGCUGUCCAGCCAGACAGAGAGCUACCCCUCUCCCACCACGGGACAGGGCGCUAAAUUCAGGACUGAGUCCUCCUCCUUUGUCCAAAGCCCACUCACAGUCCCUGCUCCUAGCCUUGUCUCCAACACCAUCUCCAGCAUCCUGAAGAGCAAACCCAUGCCCAGUCAGCCUUCAGGGACAUUCAGCGAGUCCCACCAGACUCUUUACUCAGUGCAUGAGAGCCGUUCUGAGAGGCAGGAGUGUGUGCAUGACCCCAGUUUGGGCCACGGUUCCAGUACCCGUGCCAGUAACAUGCAUGUCUCCCCUACCCCAUUAACUACAGAGCAGGAUCCAAACCUUUGCAAACCCACUGCUAUCCGUGAGGAGAUCAGGCUACCCUCCGUGGGCCGAGCCACGGGCAGCCUUGCAGGCCAGGGUCCCAGUUUCUCCAAGGUGUUGUCUAAUACCACAGUAAUGGAGGGUUCUCCUGUGACCCUUGAAGUGGAAGUCACUGGAUUUCCAGAGCCUACUUUAACAUGGUUCAAGAAUGGACAGAAACUGACCAAUGAUGAGCACAUACAACUAUCCCAAAAAGAAGGCAAAUGCUCAUUGUUCAUACAGAUGGCCACUGAGUGUGACGCAGGCCUUUAUGAAAUUUGUGCCUCUAACUCUUCCACCAGUAUUUCUUCAAGUGCCGUGCUACAGGUCAAAGGUAACUGCUGUCAAACUGUCAACAUUUUGAAGCUGGACUGGCACACCUGCUUUGGCGCACUGUGUUUCCUCUUGUGGCUCCUCUACCUGCUGCUGUUGUGA